GACCCCCCAUGACCCCGGCGACCCCCCCGUCCCCACGCCUCCACCCCGCGCUGCCGUCCUGUCCCCUCGAUGAUGCCGGUGGCCACGGUGACGCCCUCGCUGGCGGUGACAUCCAUGCCCAUGGACGGCCGCGAAUAUUCCCCCGCUGCCACCACGUCGGAGAAUGGGGGUGGGCGGCGGAAGCAGAAGGAGAAGGAGUUGGAUGAGCUGAAGAAGGAGGUCAACCUGGAUGACCAUAAGUUGUCCCUCGAUGAGCUGGGAAGGAAGUACCAGGUGGAUCUGUCCCGGGGGCUGAGCAAUGCCCGCGCUGCGGAGGUGCUGGCGCAGGACGGCCCCAACGCGCUGACCCCCCCUCCCACCACCCCCGAGUGGGUGAAGUUCUGCCGUCAGCUCUUCGGGGGUUUCUCCAUCCUGCUCUGGAUCGGAGCCAUCCUCUGCUUCCUGGCAUACGGCAUCCAGGCUGCCAUGGAGGAUGAGCCCUCCAACGACAACCUGUACCUGGGGGUGGUGCUGGCUGCCGUUGUCAUUGUCACCGGCUGCUUCUCCUACUACCAAGAGGCCAAGAGCUCCAAGAUCAUGGACUCCUUCAAGAACAUGGUGCCACAGCAAGCUCUGGUGAUCCGCGAGGGAGAGAAGAUCCAGAUCAACGCGGAGAACGUGGUAGUGGGCGACCUGGUGGAGGUGAAGGGAGGAGACCGCGUCCCUGCCGACAUGCGCAUCAUCUCCUCCCAUGGCUGCAAGGUGGACAACUCCUCUCUGACGGGGGAGUCGGAGCCGCAGACACGCUCCCCGGAGUUCACCCACGAGAACCCCCUGGAGACGCGCAACAUCUGCUUCUUCUCCACCAACUGCGUGGAAGGCACCGCCCGAGGCAUCGUCAUCUCCACGGGGGACCGCACGGUGAUGGGGCGCAUCGCCUCGCUGGCCUCGGGGCUGGAGGUGGGACGCACGCCCAUCGCCAUGGAGAUCGAGCACUUCAUCCGCCUCAUCACCGGCGUCGCCGUCUUCCUCGGCCUCUCCUUCUUCAUUCUCUCCCUCAUCCUGGGCUACACGUGGCUGGAGGCCGUCAUCUUCCUCAUCGGCAUCAUCGUGGCCAAUGUCCCCGAGGGGCUGCUGGCCACCGUCACCGUGUGCCUGACGCUGACGGCCAAGCGCAUGGCACGCAAGAACUGCCUGGUGAAGAACUUGGAGGCAGUGGAAACAUUGGGGUCCACCUCCACCAUCUGCUCCGACAAAACCGGGACCCUCACCCAGAACCGCAUGACGGUGGCUCACAUGUGGUUCGACAACCAGAUCCACGAGGCUGACACCACCGAGGAUCAGUCGGGUGCCACCUUUGAUAAGCGCUCGCCCACCUGGGCUGCGCUGGCACGCAUCGCUGGGCUCUGCAACCGCGCCGUCUUCAAACCGGGACAGGAGAACAUCUCCAUUUCCAAGCGCGACACCGCAGGCGAUGCGUCCGAGUCAGCGCUGCUGAAGUGCAUCCAGCUCUCGUGUGGCUCCGUCAAGAAGAUGCGGGACAAGAACCCCAAAGUCACCGAAAUCCCCUUUAACUCCACCAACAAGUACCAGCUCUCCAUCCACGAGCGGGAGGAGGACCCCCAGGGACACAUCCUGGUGAUGAAAGGGGCCCCCGAGCGCAUCCUGGAGCGCUGCUCCCGAAUCCUGCUGCAGGGCCAGGAGGUGCCCCUGGACGAGGAGAUGAAGGAGGCCUUCCAGAACGCCUACCUGGAGCUGGGGGGGCUGGGGGAGCGCGUGCUGGGUUUCUGCCACCUCUACCUGCCCCCGGACAAAUUCCCGCGGGGUUUCCGCUUCGAUGCCGACGAGGUCAACUUCCCCACCAGCGACCUCUGCUUUGUGGGGCUCAUGUCCAUGAUCGACCCCCCCCGCGCCGCCGUCCCCGAUGCCGUCGGCAAGUGCCGCAGUGCUGGGAUCAAGGUGAUUAUGGUGACGGGGGACCACCCCAUUACGGCCAAAGCCAUCGCCAAAGGGGUCGGGAUCAUCUCGGAGGGCAACGAGACGGUGGAGGACAUUGCGGCGCGGCUCAACAUCCCCGUCAGCCAGGUGAACCCCCGGGAGGCCAAGGCGUGCGUGGUGCACGGCUCCGACCUGAAGGACAUGACGUCGGAGCAGCUGGACGAGAUCCUGCGCAACCACACCGAGAUCGUCUUCGCCCGCACCUCCCCCCAGCAGAAGCUCAUCAUCGUCGAGGGCUGCCAGCGCCAGGGUGCCAUCGUGGCGGUGACGGGGGAUGGCGUGAACGAUUCCCCGGCGCUGAAGAAGGCGGACAUCGGCAUCGCCAUGGGCAUCGCGGGCUCGGAUGUGUCCAAGCAGGCAGCCGACAUGAUCCUCCUGGACGACAACUUCGCCUCCAUCGUCACCGGCGUCGAGGAAGGGCGCCUCAUCUUCGACAACCUGAAGAAGUCCAUCGCCUACACGCUGACCAGCAACAUCCCCGAGAUCACGCCCUUCCUGCUCUUCAUCAUCGCCAACAUCCCGCUGCCCCUCGGCACCGUCACCAUCCUCUGCAUCGACCUGGGCACCGACAUGGUCAGCUGCCCCACAGUUUGCCCCAUAGAUGCCCCAAGGCUGCCCCAUGGCUGCUCUGUAGCUGCCCCAUAGAUGCCCCAUGGCUGC